GUCAAACCGGAAGUCACACCUGAGAAAACUUUUAAAAAUGCGAAUUUAUCAAAACAUUAUGAAUUAGGAUACAUAUAGCGAUCAACAUGGGCUUCGAAAUAUUGCUUUAUGUACCCAACAUUAUAGGUUACAUCAGGAUUUUGCUGAUAGCGACAUCUAUCUCAUUUUAUUGGCAACCACCUGUUUUCCUCACUUUAUACAUUCUAUCAGUGCUACUUGAUGGUCUUGAUGGGUAUGCUGCAAGGCAACUUAACCAAAUCUCUGCUUUUGGGGCUUGGUUUGAUGUUGUGAUUGACAUAUGUGGACGGGGCUAUCUGUGGUGCGUCCUUUAUGACUGGGGCUACUUGGUAGCUGCUCUAGAAUGGAUAGUGUUUGUAUGUACACAUACACAGGGGGCAGAGUGGAAGAAGUCUUACAUACAGGCGCCAUGGUUUGUCUCCAUGGUGAUGGCAAAUAAUUUUAAAACCCCCAUGGGAGCAUAUGUGAUUACAGGCCUGCAUUUUCUACCAGUUUGGCUCUAUGCAUACUACACUAACUUCUUAACAUCAGGACUUGGCCUUCCUGUAUGGGUGCAGUUCUCUGGGAUAUGCAUGCUCAGUUCUGCUAGAGCUGUUUGCAUGUUUGUUGAGAUGUGGUGUGUGUUGGCUCACAUUAGAUAUCUAUUAAGCGAUGAGGCUAAUAGAGAAUUUAGUAUUAAAAAUACGACAAAUGGAUCUCUGAAAUCUGGCGGAACAACUCGAUAGUUUGCUGAAGGCUUUGAGCAGUAUACAGUGCCCAAGAGAGGAAGUGGCGUCUUAUAAUUGGAUAUGUUCAACAGAGUCCUCAACAUGUAUAAUAAAGUCUAAAAUUCGACAUAUUCAGAAGAGUCCAAAAUAGUUAUCGUAAGAUAGGGUUUUGAAUUGGACAUGUUCAAGGGAGGCCUGAAUUUGACAUUGUCAAAGGAGACCUAAAUCGGACAUGGACAAGAGAGGCCAAAUUAGGGCCGAAUAGGGCCUUGAAUAAAAAAGAUUUGAAUU